AUGCCGAAUAACGAAGACAAAGAGCUCACAGUAGAGGACAGUUGGCGUGUCACAAUUACCUCUAUUAGCAACAUGCUGUCCGGAGGAUUAAGCAUUGCCCCAAAGCACCCUAGCUCCACAACCACCCAGAAUGGAGUAAGGACUAGUUCUCCUUCUGCUUUUGGGGGCAUAGAGCAGGCUUUGAGCAAUCUAUCCGUUGGAGAAAACACUCAGUCUCAUUCGGACCGCAUGAUUCAAUUCUACGAAUCGUAUUGGAAGUAUUGGAAGUAUUGGAGGACUUCCCAGGCGGAGGGUCAAGAAGAACGACAGCACUCUGGUUACCUCUGGGAUCUUAAGAAGGCCAUCCUAAUUGCAGAGAUCAUUCAUGAGCUCGUUCUGGAGACUUUUGAGGAAGUCUCGGUGGUGGAGAGGAUUGCUGCGGAGGACCUGAAGACAAGCUUGACAAAGUUAGAGGCAUUUGAGAAGACAGGUACCACUUUUGAGGGUAUUUGACACGAAGGAUAACAGACGAAGCAGUGGAAAGCAUGUUGCCAUAGCCGAUGGUGUAGUUUAGUGGGAUCUUCGACGUAUGGAUAUUGGAGCUGCCUUCCCUCUAUCAC